AUGGCUGUCUACAAGCUCAAGGCUCUCGCCAGCAUUCUGGCCCUCUGCGCUACUCUCGCUACCGCCACCGGCACCCAGGGAGAGAGUGUCCCUUGCAUGUCCGCUCACACCGAGACCGAGACCCCCUACACUCACGAGUAUGGCGCCGGCAUUUCUGACGGCACUGUCAUUCACUCCAUGACCGUCUGCUCUGUCGUCCACGAGACCAAGUGCGUUGACACUACCUCCGCUGAGGGCGAGUCCAUGCAGCCUCCCCCUGCUGCUACCGAUGUUCCCUCCGGCCCCCCUGGAGAACAGCCCUCAGUUCCUGCUGGCGGCGAGCAGACCACCUACCACGGUCAGAGUGUCUCUUCUGGCACUGAGGAUGUUCCCACUUCCUCUGUCCCUAUCGCUUCGGUCACUGUCUCCUCCGUGGCCCCUGGCGCUUCCGAGACCAACUACGCUCCUCCCGCUGGUGUUUCUGACUCCGCCGCCUCGGCCGAGCAUGGCUCCGUCCCCGGUGCCAACCCUUCCGUUAUCAACCCUUCCGGUGUGAUCCCUUCCGAGGGUGGUGAGGUUGUGCCUGUGUCUUCUCUCAUCAGCACCACCGAUGUGUCUGGUAACCCAACCAUCCUCACCACUCUCUACAGCGAGCCCUCUGCCGCUGUCAGCGACACUGCCACUGCAACUGUCGUCACCGGCUCUGAGACUGUCUACGACACGGUCGUCUCUGGAACCGCCACCGGCACUGACGCCGAGGAGACCGAUGGUGUCACUCCUACUGGCACUCCCACCGUCACUGCCUCGGCAGCUGCCAAGCAACUCAUCCCCGGCGCUAUCCUUGGCCUCGUUGGCAUCGUUUUCGCCGCCAUCUUCUAA